AUGGAGGCGCCUGGUCAGCCGUCGAAAAUCUGUUUCCUCCGUUGGGUCGAGUGGAUGGACAUGACCAACGGGAUCAACCUAUUCGAGCGCUCACGCUACGGGAGCGUCUUCACCGGAGUUUUCUGGGUGUUGCAGACGAUGCAGCUGCUUAUCGCAUACAAUUUUUUCAUCGUUUGUACGGUGACGAGCUCGCUGGAGGAAUUUUCCAUUCAGUUCAAUCAGUUCGGAGGAAUCUUGCUGACAUUCUCACGCCUCAUUUGCAUCCAAUAUAACCGUAAAAACCUUCAGAAGACAGCCGCGUUUGUAAACGCCUCAAAGUUUCACCACCUAAACGAAAGGGCGGACGUAAUCUACACGAAAACCCUCCACGUCGCCAAACGCCUGUUGUCGACGCUGUUGGCUAUUCAGUUGGUGACCAUAGCGUUCUGGUUUCUGCAGAACGAAUACCAGGCACGCCAGACGGAUGUUCUGCUCCCCAUGGUGUCCUACCUUCCGUUUGAUCCCACCCACUGGUCGGCGGGGGCCAAGUUCGCGUUCCGGGUGAGUUUCUACGUCGCCAACACCCAGCUCAUGAUGGUCUUCUUCGGCAGCUACAUCAUCACCAGCUGCUACCUGCUGACGAUGACCAUCGAGCUGCGUAUCCUAAACGGCUCGUACGCGACUGCUCCGACUAACCCGGACCAGUUGGUUUCCUUCUUCCGGGAACGGGUCGUCUACAAGCAGGAGCUGCUGGAGCACAUCGGCAUCAUCAAGCGCCAGAUGAACUUUAGCACGCUCUUCGAACUGGUGUUCAUCGUGUGCCUGCUGACGAUCAACGCGCUGCGGAUCUGCAUGACGUCCAGCAAUCUCAGUGAGGUGGCCCUGUCUACUAGCAUGAUCCUGAUCUACGUGCUUGAGCUGUUCCAGUACUGCUGGCAGGUGGACGAGAUCGAACUGUUGCACGAGCUCCAGGCGUUCGCCAUUUACUCAACGCCUUGGUACCAUGGCGCUCAAAAGACGAAGGCUCUACUCCUGAUCACGAUCAGGAUGUCUCAAAUGCCCUUGCGCUUUGUGUGCGGUGGAAUGUACCGUUUGUCAACCGAGCUGUUCGCAAGCGUGAUACAGUUUAUCUACUCGCUAGUUACGAUGUUGUUGCAAUUUAAAUGA